AUGUCAGCAACGAUUUCUCUUCUCUUGGCGCUAUCAUGGGGUGGGACCACCUUUGCAUGGGUGAGUGCACGCAUUGUAGCCCUACUAACUCUCGCCGGUGUCCUAUUCUGUUCGUUCUUCGGUAUCGAAUACUGGAUGAAGGAUAGUGCCAUUAUUCCUUUACGUUUACUACGCCCACGAAGCAUAAUUGCAGCGAUAUGGUUCGGCCUCUGUCUUGGAGGUGUAUUUUUUUGUCGUUGGCGGAUUUAUGUUUGCUGGCUUUGGACUGCUGCAACUGGAUAUUAUACGCCGUUCGUCUACGCUGGCUCAAUUAUCAUGCCGAUAAGUACUGGUCUUCUGAUGACUGUUCAGCCUCAGUACAAUUCACGAGCAAAAUGGGUUGGAUUUCAGAUACUUAUCGGAGCUGGAGUCGGCCUAGGAGAAGAACAAGGAAUUUAUAUGGUGCAAAACAACGCUCCAAGAACUUGA